GCCAGGUAACCAAGAAAAAAAGAGACAGCGAGAAAAGCCUUCAGGGCUUGUUAUGGGGUUAGCGUGAGACGAACGAGGACUUUUUUCUGCCUUCUUUACCAGUCAAACCAGUAACUCUGGAUCGAGAGCACACAAGAACUUCAGCAGUUUGUACCCUUGUGGUCCCUGAUGGCUUCGCACAGUGAUACUCUGGUGGUGUUCUUUGGGGCAACAGCUGGUGCAAAUGGGGGUAAACUGGGGUCGGAUGAAAGGGAAUUAAUUCUCUUGGUGUGGCAAAUUGUGGAUCUACAUGAGAAUAAGGUGGGCAAACUUCACCGGACUCUAGUACAGCCGGACAGUGUGGACCUGUCGGAGCAGUGCAAGGAGGAGACCGGGCUCACUGCCGAGGAGCUGUGUAAGGCCGAGCCGCUGGAGAGCGUCCUGCAGCAGUUUCACCAGUCCGUGUCAGCUGAACUAAAGUCACUGGGCCGAAGCUCUUACACACUGUGUGUUGACGGGCCACUUCUUAUUCGACAGGUGCUUCACCCUGAGGCUUCUAAAAAGAAUCUAGUCCUGCCAGAGUGCUUCUACACAUUUGUAGACUUGAAGAAAGAGUUUCACAAAUGCUGCCCCAAUGCAGGACCAGUCAAAGACCUCACACUGCCGUCCAUGCUGGACUAUGUGUGCAUUCAAGCCACGGUGGAGCAAGAAGCCGGACUGAGGGAGGUGAAGGACAUGGUUCUGCUAAUACUUCAUGUCCUGGCUGAGCCUUACAAUCACAAAUUCUCUGCCUUUGAGACUGUAAACUACAAGUUUGAAUCUGGAGCGUGUAGUAAGACAGAAGCUGUGGACAGUGAGACGGUCAUCAGAGCUCGUGGGCUGCCAUGGCAGUCGUCUGAUCAGGACAUCGCCCGUUUCUUCAAGGGCCUGAACAUUGCCAAAGGGGGUGUUGCGUUGUGUUUAAAUGCUCAGGGUCGAAGGAAUGGGGAAGCUCUGGUGCGCUUCAUAAACUCUGAGCACAGAGACAUGGCACUAGAUCGGCACAAACACCACAUGGGCAGCAGAUACAUUGAAGUUUAUAAGGCGACCGGGGAGGAAUUCCUGAAGAUUGCAGGAGGCACUUCCAAUGAGGUGGCUCAGUUUCUGUCCAAGGAAAACCAGAUGAUAAUUCGCAUGCGUGGGCUUCCAUUUACUGCUACUCCUCAGGAUGUUCUGGGCUUCCUGGGACCAGAGUGUCCAGUGACUGAUGGGACGGAGGGGCUUCUGUUUGUGAAAUAUCCAGAUGGACGUCCAACAGGCGACGCUUUUGUUCUCUUUGCUUGUGAGGAAUAUGCCCAGAAUGCCCUGAAAAAGCACAAACAGAUCCUGGGCAAGAGAUACAUUGAACUGUUUCGCAGCACUGCAGCAGAGGUCCAACAGGUGUUGAAUCGCUAUAUGUCCACUCCACUGAUCUCCACACUUCCACCUCCUCCUCCUCCAAUGGUGUCUGUGCCAGUGUUGGCCACUCCACCCUUCAUCACCACUGGCAACACACGCGACUGCAUCAGGCUGAGAGGCCUGCCGUACACCGCCGCCAUCGAGGACAUCCUGGAGUUUAUGGGGGAACACACCAUUGACAUCAAACCUCAUGGAGUGCACAUGGUCCUCAACCAGCAGGGUCGACCCUCUGGUGAUGCCUUUAUUCAGAUGAAGUCAGCUGACCGUGCAUUUAUGGUGGCUCAGAAGUGCCACAAAAAGAUGAUGAAGGAUCGUUAUGUGGAGGUUUUCCAGUGCUCCACUGAGGAGAUGAGCUUUGUGCUGAUGGGGGGAACACUGAACCGCAGCGGUCUGUCACCACCUCCAUGCAAACUGCCAUGUCUCUCUCCACCAACAUAUGCUGCGUUUCCUGCGGCUCCAGCUAUGCUUCCCACUGAGGCAGCGCUGUAUCAGCCCCCCCUGCUGGCCACUCCAAGAACUCCACAGGCCCCAACACACAGCCCUGCACCUGCUUUCGCCUACUAUUCUCCACAGCUCUACAUGAACAUGAAUAUGAGCUACACCACCUACUACCCCAGCCCGCCAGUGUCUCCCUCCACUGUGAGUUAUUUUGCAGCGCCACCGGGUUCAGUCGCAGCUGCUGUAGCAGCUCAGCCCACCCCUGCCAUCCUCCCUCCUCAGCCCGGGGCACUGGUGCGCAUGCAGGGCCUGCCGUACAACGCCGGGGUCAAAGACAUCCUCAGCUUCUUUCAGGGAUAUCAGCUCAAUCCUGAAGACUACAGCUCCUUGGUUGGAGUGAGUGAUCAGGGCCGGAGUUUCAUUCAGCCUAAAGAGUGGCUUUGUCUGUAGGGGGAGCCGCUCCAGCUCCAGGCGGACUCGGUGCUCGUGCUGUAUAACUGGAGUGGUCAGCGCAGCGGGGAGGCGCUGGUGACCUUCCCCAGUGAGAAAGCAGCAAGACGGGCUGUAGCCGAAUGCUCCAACAUCCCCCUCUCUGGACACCCCAUCCACCUGGCCUGCUGCGAGUGAAGAUGAGUCUCAACCCUUUCUCCCUCAGAAACUGCUGAUCUUGAUAUCCAGUAGUUCAGAAGGAGACCUGAUGCAGAAGCACUGUGUAUAUGUACGUUCAUAUAUACACAAACAAAAGCUAAACAUCUCAGUAGCACUGCCUCACCGCUCCUCUCUCUGUGUGUCUGUGAGGGACAAUUCCAUGCUCAACUCUCUCUGGUAAUGUCAAGAUCUUUUCUGCUAGCCUGUAACCCUCGCAAGCCAUUGUUUUGUGGAAUAAGAGGUUUUCUUGUUGGUAAGACAGUCGGGCUUGACUGCAGUCUUUGCCGUGCACUAGGAAACCAAACCGCAAUGCAAUACAUUGUUUUUUUUGCCGUUACGGAUAAAGGAAUGUUGUGAGAUUGUAAAAAGCCAAAUAUAUUGUUGAUCGGACUGUUAUGCUGCACAUACAGUAGGAUUUCAAAAGGUGUGAUGUUUUUUUUCCCCCAGUGUACUGCUGAACAUAUGCCUUAUUUAAUAGAGAUCAGACCAAGUAUGUACUUCGUAGACUUGCAUGAACUGAUUUUUUUAGUUUAAUCCAUUCGGGGAGGGGGGCGAAGUGAAAUAUUUUUAUUUAAAGCAAAAGAUGAGUUGUUCGUGUGACCGCCGUGCUUUAACGCUCAUUCUUUAGAGGAACGUAAGAGGUGUGUGUUUUGUUGCUUCAGUCUGACCCAUCAGUUUAUGUGAAGACUGAACGGCGCUGUGCUCUUACCUUGUUUUGGACUUUGCAAAGAUUUUGGAUAUGUGGUCUACAUCACUUCUUUUAUUGAUGACAGACUGAUUAAAUCAUGAGCUUUAUUAUUAAUAUUAUUAUUGUUUUUUUUUUUUUUCUUUGUGACUACAUUUACCUGGAGUGCAAUACAGGCUGAACAAAAUAUCACACCUCUCUAGUGAAAGAAGGGACAUUUUGUUUCCCUGCUAUGUAUGAAAUGUGUAUGAAUGUGUAAAUGUGACUCUUAUAUGCAACAAAUAAAUUGAUUUUGCUCUGA